GAAGCAGCGAAAUGAUAGUACACCAGCGGGAAAUUGGAUAUUUGGAUUCAGUAUGAGAGAACUGGGCAAGUUGUAUCCAUAUUCAUGGUUUUGGGAGAUAUUUUAACAUGGACUGAUUUUCAACUAACUAGAGGCCGCGGAACAGGAAACUUGUCACUUUACCUUCACAAACUUUCAAGGCCUCUAAAUGUACUUUCAUGAACUAAGGGACAGACUCACCUCAUUUGAUGAUACUGAUAAAUUAAGAAAUAACCUGUCAGUUUAGGAUCUAAAAAAAAACCUUGAAUUUUAAUUUAAAAAGGGGGAAGGGAAAGUCUAAAGGUGUCAUGUGCACUUUUACACAAUCACAGAUAAGAGGAUUAAAGUGGGACAUAUAGUGUUGGAUUUGCUGAAUUGCUCCUACUUUGCUAAAGAACAUUGGAAUAUCAAGACUUGAGACUGCACUCUGGUGCAUAUUCCUUGAAGCAAGACAACUCAGAUGGUGCUGAUUUGAAGAGAAAUAUCGGCUGUGCACACUAAAUCACAGAGGUCAUACUCAUAAGACCUUUCAUCCGAAAACAAUUGAACGGCGUGGGCAUGGAUCCAUCUGAAGUGGAGUUCCUGGCAGAGAAGCAGGAGGUCACGAUUGUUCCCAACUUCUCCCAUGAUGAAGUUUUCUUGAUAGCGGGCAACGUUGGACCGUUCAACCCUAGUUUACCCAUGAAGGUCCCCCUCUGGAUGGCUGUCAAUCUGAAACAAAGACAGAAGUGCAGGAUCCAACCUCCUGAUUGGAUGAAUGUCGAGAAACUAGAAGAAGUGAAGAAACAAGAGCAGGAUUCAGCUGUUUUUCAACCCAUGGUGAACCCACAUUAUAUGGAGGUUACUAAACUACUUCUCAGCCAUGCUACAGAUGACAUUCCCAAUGCCGAUGAAGUAAACACGUUGAUCAAAGAUAUAUGGGACGUGAGGAUGGCCAAACUGAGGCAGAGUAUUGACAAGUUUGUCAAAGAUCAGGAAACACAUGCUAGGCUCGACAACUUGUCACUGAUGGAGAUCAACACGAUAAGACCAUUCCUCACAGAAGCCCUGGACCACAUGCACACAUUACGCAUGAAUCUCUUAACAGCAGGCCCAGGUCCUACUCAAGACAGCUAAGACUAGGUCUGUCAAGAGACUUGGACCACCGUAUGAGACUAUUCACUACAUAGAUCUGCACUUGCGUGCAGUCGAUGGUACCCAGUCGAUUGUUUAACAAUGACAAACUGCUCUGGUAAUGCAUGCUUUUUUUCAUCAAAUGUAAAGCAUUAAGCAAUCAAGUGCCUCCAUGAACCUCUAAUGUGAUCAGGAUCUAUAAAUGAAGGCGUCAGCAAAGUCAUAUACCACAAAGAGCAUACAGAAAGCCUGGAAAGAGAGACAGUUAUCCACCUAGGCAUGCUUACUUCACCUAGGCACGCUUUCUUGAAUAUUGAAAUUUCUGACAAAUUGUCAUUCUUCGACAGUUACAUAAUAAGAGACUAACUGGUGCCAAACAAAUCAGUGAUUUCACUGAAAUUGUCAGAGCUGACUAUUCAGUAAAAUUGUGCUUAGUAGUAAAACCAAUUGUAAACUGGUGCCAACAUGCUGAUAUUAUUGAAUUUUUGAGUACAUGUCUGUAACAUACUGACUCUGAAUUCAAUUCAUACAAUAAAACCUAGCAUAUAGUGAUGAAAGGCUUUGUAAAUGGCUAAGAGAAUAUUCACAGCUAUUAUUUGGAAUUGUAUUUGCAGCAUUCCAACAAUUAUUGUACAUUGUGGAAGCAGUUCCUAAAAAUUCAUGUGAGAAUUAUAUCUAGACAAGUGAUUUUCUGACAGCAGUAAUUUUAUAUGAGUUAAAAUAAUUCUUUAAAGUGCGAUUGGUGUACUACUUC